CUUCCGGCUAGCCUGUCUGGGGCCUGGUGGGGUGAGGGCCCAGCAGCAGGUGGUGAGGGGAGAGGGCAGUUGAGGCCCUCAGUGCCCGCCCACCAGUCGGCAGCUCAGCCUGGGGCUGUAGAUCCCCAGGGCUGUGCUGCUCAAUUACCAGCGACGCCAUGGACAAGCUGGGCUCACGGUGCCCUCUGCCAGGCUACCCGCGGCCCUCUGUCUUUAUAUGCCUCCUGAUCCUGAUAGCUUCUUUCCUCACAUACCCUAUGCUCAAGACCCUUAGCCUGCAGCUCCAUUCAACUGUCACCGGCAGCUAUGUCUCCGGCACUUACUCCAUCGUCUUUGUCAACUGUCCCAACGAACAAAUUGCCAGAGAUAUUGCCAGGGCUAUACUGGAUAAGAAGCUGGCUGCCUCUGUGAACAUCUUACCCAAAGCAUCCUCACUGUACUUUUGGAAUGGAGAAAUAGAAGAAGCCACUCAGAUCCUGUUGUUGAUAAAGACAAAGACUUCCAAGGUACACAUGCUGUCCAGCUACAUCAGGUUGGUGCAUCCUUUUGAAAUCCCAGAGAUCUUCAGUCUUCUCAUGGACCAAGGAGAUGUGCAGUAUUUGAAGUGGCUGGAGGAGGGCAUGGAGGAGGACUGAGUGGGGGAGGCUUUUUGUGCGUCCUGCUGGUUGCCUCUAGCCUUCAUCAGCUGCACUCUGGGAAAGGGGAGGCCUCUUUCUGCCUCCUGGCAUCUCUGGAUUCCAUGUUUUUGUCAGCACAGAGGAGCUAAGUAACUUGUGAAGGCUGAAGGUCCGAGGCUCCUAAGGCUGGAAGAGGAGGCUGGGCCAGUUGGGCCAAGCAAGAACACAGUGGAACUUUUCUCUGAGUGCUUCAUGCUUAAAGGUGGCCAGGGGGUGGGGGGUGAUGAUGGCUGUGUGUAGGGAUCCAGGGGAGGUGGCAGUGAGGGUGAGGUUUGUCACCUUCUCCUGCAGUCACUGUGCCUACCUCGAGUGCCCAAGAUGUAAUUCCUCUCCUUCUCAGGAGGAGGAAUGGACCUCAUGACCUCUUCAGCCAGAACUGUGUGGGAUGAAUGCACCUUUUGGGAAAGUGGCAAGCACUUCAUCCAAAAGGAUGAAUUCCUAAUGGUGGAAUUUCAGGGACAAGCAGGAUUAUUUCUCCAGGCGAAAGAUGGUGUUUGUUGUUCCAGAGUCUUGAGGAGGUGGGACUGGGAAUGGGCCUCAAGAGUUUGUAGGACAAGGGAAACAUUAGGGCUUAGACACAGCCUCAUGGGUUGGGAGUAGGUCUUGACUCUUCCUGGCCUGAAUGUGACAGACAGCAGAAGCUUCUGGGGCCUUUCUCAGUGGAGACACAGGUUCUGAGCCCGCCAUACUAUUUCACUUGAACAUUGAAACUGAACAUCCUAAAGUAGGAAAGAACCCUGGGGAAUUGCUGGACCAGUGUUUUUCAGACUUACUCCACAGAGCCCCAGGGGUUGACAGAAGGUACUCUGGGGGCUGCCUGGGUGUGCAGGUAAGGAUAUGAGGCCCCCCCACCCAUAAUUCAACCAGUACAACUGUGCUUUUAUUUAUGUAUUGAGCUCCCUUGUAAGCUUUGGGUUUUUUUUAAAAAGUUUUCUCUGUUAAAAGUUUGUGAACCAGUGGUCUAAGCCAAUCUCCAUUUUAUAGAUUCCUAAAGGAAACUGAACUGCACUGAGGUCCAGAAAGGGGGUGACGUGUUGCAUUAUGAAGGGUACAGCCAGGCCUGCUCGCCCUGUGUCUGGUGCUCUCCUAUACCUGCUCCACGGGUCUUAGGGGGAAGAGAGCAGAGAAGGCAGAGCCCUGUGGGGUGAGAAGAGAGACUUGACCAAAGGCCCCUCCGUGCCUCUGUCACAAGGUAACCCCCCUUGGGGGAGACCAUGGGCAGUUUGGGUAGGGGUCCACAGAUAUCUGUGGUAUCCUGGGCCUUUCUUCCCCGAGGGAAGGGUGUGUGGGAGGGGUAUUGCCUGGCUCUAGUUCUGACACCUCCUGUGCUUCUUGGACCUUAGUUCCUCCAAAUAUAAAAUGGGGGGGGGGGGGGGAUCUCCAGGGGCUCUUCUGUGAAGACCUUGUAGGGACUUUAGGCUGAGGCCCUUCCAAAGGUUCAGAGGAUCCUAUGUUGAGAGCCAGUGGGGAUUUUGGAGGACUGCCUCAGGAGAAGAAUAAAGAGAAUGAUAAUGGUGGUGUCCCUUUUUACAACAGAUGUUUGUGAUACAUAUGAAAAUCUUGUGUAAGUGUGAAAAUCUUGUGAAAACGUUCUGGGGACCCCAAAUGGACUGCCCGUUAUUGCUUUCAGGAUAAAGUCCAAUUUCUUGC